UCCCGGCGGCCGCCCCCGCCCGCUGCUGCUGCUGCUGCCGCCGCCGCCGCGCACCCGCAGCAGCGGCCGCUCCGUCGGCGAGCGGCAGUGGCAGCCCCGGCCCGCCCGCCCGGCGCACCCCGCGCAGGUGUCAGGCGCGUCCGCAGCGCGGGCAGAGGCGGUGACGCGCAGGGAGGACCAGCAGCGCUUGGCCGCGGCGGCGGCGGCGGCCGCGGUGGAGGAGGAAGACGAAGAAGAGAAGGAGGAGGCGGCGGCGGCGACGAGAGGCUGAUUAGAAACAGAAACAAUAGAGGAAAAUCACCCCCCUGGAUCUUAGCCUUGGCCUUUUGCAAGCAAACACAAGAGGAGCUGUCAGGCUUUGCAUGUCAAGUAGCCACUCGGCUGUUUGACAGCUUCUGGGUUUCAACCCCAUUGGGAUUGAGGCAGCUCAGGAAACCAUGAGCGAUGAGUCUUGUCAUCUGCUGACGCUGCUCUAGCACCAUGGCAGACAGUCCGUGAUCUGACAAGAGGAUCUGUCCUAGGGAGGCGAGCGCUGGGAUCGGUAAUUGGCUUCCUGGGAAACUACAGCUGGCAGAGAGGAUGUAAAAAGAGGUGCGCACGUGCUGGGAUAUCGCUACAGUCUUGCUGAGUUGGUGGAUCCACUUGGAGGAGGGUUUUGCCACUGCUCUUGGUUUUUCUCCCAGUUUGGUAAUGUUGGCUUUGGGGAAAAUUUCUGCUGACUCACCCGCCCCUGGACACCUUUUGCGAAGCCUAGCCAAGCAGUGAAGAGACUCAACGGCAUCUUCCCCCAACUGUGGGUCCCCUCUGGUGGUCCCUAACCCCAUCCACUCACAGCCCCCCCGCCCCGGGGAGUCCCCUGCAGUGGCCCCCGCUACUCGGGGGGUGGGGGUGAGUGUGCCCAAACUUCCCAGUGUGGCCCGUGCCCGGCAAGAUUUUACCCUGUCUGCCACCGGGGCCCCAGCGCCGUCCCCCGCCGGCCCUGCCGCCCCACUCGCCCGCCCCAGGCCGCGCAGGAUGGGGCCGGCGCUGGUGCGGCGCGGGGGCUGCCUGCUGCUCUGGCUGGCCCUGCUGCUGGGCUGCUGGGCCGAGCUGGGCAGCGGGCUGGAGUUCCCGGGGGCGGAGGGCCAGUGGACCCGCUUCCCCAAGUGGAACGCCUGCUGUGAGAGCGAGAUGAGCUUCAACAUGAAGACGCGCAGCUCCAGCGGGCUGGUGCUCUACUUCGAUGAUGAGGGCUUCUGCGACUUCCUGGAGCUCAUCCUCACCCAGGGCGGGCGGCUGCAGCUCAGCUUCUCCAUCUUCUGCGCCGAGCCCGCCACCCUGCUCUCUGACACAGCUGUCAACGACAACCUCUGGCAUGCCGUCGUCAUCCGCCGCCACUUCAAGAACACAACGUUGAUCAUCGACCGGACCGAGGCCAAGUGGGUGGAGGUGAAGUCCAAGCGGCGGGACAUGACUGUCUUCAGCGGCCUCUUCUUAGGGGGGCUCCCGCCCGAGCUGCGCUCGGCCACACUCAAGCUGACGCUGUCCUCUGUCAAGGACCGGGAGCCCUUCAAGGGCUGGAUAACGGACGUGCGGGUCAACUACACGCAGGCGUCGCCGGUGGAGAGCCAGGAGGUGCGACUGGAUGACGAGCAGAGCCGCCUGUGCGCCAGGGAGGACGUCUGCCUCAACGGGGGCGUCUGCUCCGUGCUCAACGACCAGGCCGUCUGCGACUGCUCCCAGACAGGCUUCCGUGGCAAGGACUGCAGUGAAGAAGACAACUAUGUGGAAGGUCUGGCGCACCUGAUGAUGGGCGACCAAGGUAAAAGUAAAGGAAAAGAAGAAUAUAUUGCAACGUUCAAGGGAUCAGAAUACUUCUGCUAUGACCUAUCUCAGAAUCCCAUCCAGAGCAGCAGCGACGAAAUAACUCUGUCCUUUAAAACGCUUCAGAGGAACGGACUGAUGCUUCACACGGGGAAAUCGGCUGAUUAUGUCAACCUCGCACUGAAGAAUGGAGCGGUCUCCUUGGUCAUUAAUUUGGGCUCAGGGGCCUUUGAAGCGCUGGUGGAACCCGUGAAUGGGAAAUUCAAUGACAAUGCCUGGCAUGAUGUGAAAGUAACCAGGAAUCUGCGUCAGCACUCAGGCAUUGGACACGCUAUGGUGACAAUAUCAGUGGAUGGAAUUCUGACCACAACGGGAUACACGCAAGAAGACUACACCAUGCUGGGCUCUGAUGACUUUUUCUAUGUUGGAGGCAGUCCUAGCACAGCAGACCUCCCAGGGUCACCAGUCAGUAACAACUUUAUGGGCUGUCUCAAAGAGGUUGUGUAUAAAAACAAUGAUGUCAGGUUGGAGUUAUCUCGACUUGCCAAGCAAGGAGAUCCUAAAAUGAAGAUUCAUGGGGUUGUAGCAUUUAAGUGUGAGAAUGUUGCAACCUUAGAUCCAAUAACAUUUGAAACACCAGAGUCCUUCAUCUCGUUGCCAAAGUGGAAUGCCAAGAAGACCGGCUCGAUAUCGUUUGACUUCCGUACAACCGAGCCCAACGGCUUGAUUCUCUUCAGCCAUGGAAAACCAAGGCACCAGAAAGAUGCCAAACACCCACAGAUGGUGAAAGUUGACUUUUUUGCCAUUGAGAUGCUCGAUGGCCACCUUUACCUGCUGUUAGACAUGGGAUCAGGAACUAUAAAAAUAAAAGCUUUGCAGAAGAAGGUGAAUGAUGGCGAAUGGUACCACGUGGAUUUCCAACGGGACGGACGGUCGGGGACCAUAUCUGUGAACACCUUACGUACACCGUACACUGCACCAGGGGAAAGUGAAAUCCUUGACUUGGAUGAUGACUUGUAUCUUGGAGGCUUACCAGAGAACAAAGCAGGCCUUGUCUUCCCAACAGAGGUGUGGACAGCACUUCUCAAUUAUGGCUACGUCGGCUGCAUUAGAGAUUUAUUUAUCGACGGUCAAAGCAAAGACAUUCGGCAGAUGGCUGAAAUUCAGAGCACAGCUGGAGUCAAACCCUCGUGCUCAAGAGAAACUGCAAAGCCUUGCCUCAGCAACCCCUGUAAGAACAAUGGUGUGUGCAGGGAUGGGUGGAACAGAUACGUUUGUGAUUGCUCUGGCACAGGGUACCUUGGCAGAUCGUGUGAAAGAGAGGCAACAAUUUUAAGCUAUGAUGGGAGCAUGUUCAUGAAAAUCCAGCUGCCCGUGGUGAUGCACACCGAGGCCGAAGAUGUCUCUUUAAGGUUCAGGUCUCAACGAGCUUAUGGCAUUUUAAUGGCCACCACCUCUAGGGAAUCUGCAGACACCCUUCGCUUGGAGCUGGACGCAGGCCGAGUCAAACUGACGGUCAACCUAGACUGUAUCAGGAUUAACUGUAAUUCCAGCAAAGGUCCAGAGACCCUUUUUGCUGGCUAUAACCUCAAUGAUAAUGAGUGGCACACAGUGCGUGUGGUUCGGCGAGGAAAGAGCUUAAAGUUAAUGGUGGAUGACCAGCAGGCCAUGACAGGUCAAAUGGCUGGUGACCACACACGGCUGGAAUUCCACAACAUAGAAACAGGAAUCAUAACAGAGCGGCGCUACCUGUCUUCUGUGCCUUCUAAUUUCAUUGGGCAUCUGCAGAGUCUCACAUUUAAUGGCAUGGCAUACAUUGACUUGUGUAAAAAUGGAGACAUCGAUUAUUGUGAGCUAAAUGCAAGAUUUGGGUUCAGGAACAUCAUAGCAGACCCUGUAACCUUUAAAACAAAAGCCAGUUAUGUGGCGCUGGCCACGCUCCAAGCGUACACAUCUAUGCACCUUUUUUUCCAGUUCAAAACCACCUCCCUGGAUGGAUUGAUCCUUUAUAACAGUGGCGAUGGAAAUGAUUUCAUUGUGGUUGAGUUAGUAAAAGGGUAUUUACACUAUGUGUUUGACUUGGGGAACGGUGCAAAUCUCAUCAAAGGAAGCUCUAAUAAACCCCUGAACGACAACCAGUGGCACAAUGUGAUGAUCUCAAGGGAUACCAACAAUCUCCACACUGUAAAGAUCGACACUAAGAUCACGACGCAGAGCACAGCAGGAGCCAGAAAUUUAGACCUCAAAAGUGAUUUGUAUAUUGGAGGGGUGGCCAAAGAAAUGUUUAAGUCCUUGCCAAAACUGGUGCAUGCAAAAGAGGGAUUCCAAGGCUGCCUUGCAUCAGUUGACUUGAAUGGACGGCUCCCCGAUCUCAUCUCGGAUGCACUCUUCUGCAAUGGACAAAUAGAAAGAGGAUGUGAAGUUGCAUUGAUGAAAGCUGAUUUGCAAGGACCCAGCACAACGUGCCAAGAGGAUUCCUGUGCAAACCAGGGAGUGUGCUUACAGCAGUGGGAUGGAUUCAGCUGCGACUGCAGUAUGACCUCCUUCAGUGGACCCUUGUGCAAUGACCCGGGAACAACGUACAUCUUCAGCAAAGGUGGUGGACAGAUCACUUACACAUGGCCUCCUAACGACCGGCCAAGCACCCGUGCGGACAGACUGGCGAUAGGGUUUAGUACUGUUCAAAAGGAAGCCGUGUUGGUGCGAGUGGACAGCUCUACUGGGCUGGGAGACUAUUUAGAGCUGCACAUUCACCAAGGCAAAAUUGGAGUUAAGUUUAAUGUUGGAACUGAUGACAUCUCUAUUGAAGAGAUCAACGCAAUCAUUAACGAUGGCAAAUACCACGUAGUACGUUUCACUAGGAGUGGUGGCAAUGCCACAUUACAGGUGGACAACUGGCCUGUUAUUGAACGCUACCCAGCAGGAAACAAUGAUAACGAGCGCCUGGCGAUUGCUAGACAGCGAAUUCCAUAUCGACUUGGUCGAGUAGUUGAUGAAUGGCUACUCGACAAAGGGCGUCAGCUCACAAUCUUCAAUAGCCAAGCAACCAUUAAAAUUGGAGGCAAGGAACGUGGCCACCCUUUCCAAGGCCAGCUCUCUGGCCUUUACUACAAUGGCUUGAAAGUUCUGAAUAUGGCAGCGGAAAACGAUGCCAACAUCGUGAUAGAAGGGAACGUGAGACUUGUCGGUGAAGUGCCUUCCUCUAUGACAACCGAGUCCACAGCCACGGCGAUGCAGUCGGAGAUGUCCACGUCAGUCAUGGAAACGACCACCACGCUGGCCACGAGCACUGCUCGAAGAGGAAAGGCCCCGACAAAAGAGCCUAUUGGGCAGACCACAGAUGACAUCCUGGUGGCCUCGGCUGAAUGUCCUAGCGAUGAUGAGGACAUCGAUCCCUGUGAGCCGAGCUCAGGUGGGUUAGCAAAUCCUACCAGGGCAGGAGGAGGAAGGGAGUACCCUGGCUCGUCCGAAGUGAUCCGUGAGUCCAGCAGCACGACGGGCAUGGUGGUUGGGAUCGUGGCGGCGGCGGCGCUCUGCAUCCUCAUCCUCCUGUAUGCGAUGUACAAGUACAGGAAUCGAGACGAAGGCUCCUACCAUGUUGACGAGAGUCGAAACUACAUCAGUAACUCAGCACAAUCCAACGGGGCUGUGAUCAAGGAGAAGCAGCCCAACAGCGCUAAAAGCUCCAACAAGAACAAGAAAAACAAGGAUAAGGAGUACUACGUCUGAUCCCAACAGCUGAAAGGAACGCUUGUAUAGGAAUAGUCUUCAUUUUAUCUGAGACAUAAUACAAACUUAUUUCCUUUACUUUUUAUGAAGCACAUUCAAAACAAAACAAAACAAACAGACAGGGAAUGCAAUCAGAAAGGAAAAGACUGUUUUUAAAAACAAGCAUUUCGUGCUCUUUGUUUCCCAGAAACAGGAGCUGGUAAAUUCCCUUAACAUCCACAGUGUUUUCAUUCCCUCUGCCUGUCUUUAUGUUGCUGGAACAUUUCUGAGAGACAAUGGUGACACCACGCACUCAUAAAGCAAAGGAGUAUUACUACGGCGUCGAGGCACAACGAGAAACAAAACGAAUUAACAAACAAACAAAAACAGGAGGAAAACAUAAAUAAAGGAAACUAAAAAAGGGAAAAGAAAAAAAAACAGGAAAAAAAAAAAAAAAGGAAGCUACCUAUGAUUCUGGAUUUAGCCAAAGUGCUAGGCUCUUUCUUGAGAAGUAAGUUAGUCUUUGUGGUCAGAGAAGACUGCCAUUAAAUGUGGUGACUCAACAGCAAGCAAACACAGAAGCGUUUGCCGUCCGGUGCAGUGAAGCAGUGAUUGGAAACUUUGCAUUCUGAAACAAAAGUGCUGGCUUUUCUGAAGACUUCACGUAGAACUACUUUCAAAAAGCCCUUUCUUUCUUUCUUUCUUUCUUCCUUUCUUUCUUUCUUUCUUUCUUUUUUUUUUUGUUUUUGGUG